AUGAAACCCAUAUUCUUACAAGUAGAUGUCCACUUCCAAGGAAUGUUCACCAGAAACCCCAUACGCUACACCGGUGGAAUUACUCAAAGGUUUUCAGACAUCGAUUUCGCAGGAAUGGACAAGGAUGGGUGUGUUGUGUUCAUCGAAAGGUUCACUGGGGAAAAGUGUGAGAAGCUCUAUUACUUCCAACCUGAUAUUGAUUUUCCAAAAGGUUUGACUCUAAUUUGCAAUGACCCCGAUUAUUACGGCUUCAUUGAAAUUGCAUAUGAAUGUGGUGUUAUACUCCCUAUGUAUGUAGACCAUUUUGGGGAUAGUAACAUACAGGAAUGGUUGAAUGAACACAAAGAGGAGUUUGUUGGUAACAUUGAGGAAGAAGUACUUGAUGGUGCAGGACUGGUUAAGGAAGUUGCACCAGGGUAUCGGGAUGUGGGUGACACAAACGAUGAGGUAGAGAAUGGUGGCGAUGAUGACGACGAGGAUGAGGAUGUCGAUGGCGAUGAGGAUGACCAUCAGAAGCCUCAUUUUUUUAUAAAGGGUAAUGAGACUCGGGUAGAGAUGGGUGAGAAAGCAGGUGCAGGUGAGUUUUUCGAAGAAGACAUGGGUGACAAUGAAGAUGUUUAUCCCGAAUUGCCAAACAUUUUCAAUGAUAAGCUCAAUUGGAAGGAGCAGGAACCUGUUUUAGGUAUGAGGUUUGAGAGUCCUAAGCAAUUGAAACACAUGCUUUGUAACUAUGCUGUCGCGAAUGGUUAUCAAUUAUGUUUUGUUAAGAAUGAUACUAGACGAUUACUUGUCAAAUGUUGUGAUGGCAAAUGGGAGUUGCUUUGUGCUGUGGGUAGAGAUGCUAACAAUGGAAUAUUCCCAAUUGCUUGGGCAGUUGUUUCUGUGGAAAACAAAGAGAAUUGGAAAUGGUUCUUAGAAACUCUUUCAGAAGAUUUGCAAUGUUGGAAUGAUGGUAACGGUUUGGUUCUAAUUUCGGAUCAACACAAGGGUUUGAUUGAGGCAGUAAAGGAAGUAUUUCCAGCAGCUGAACAUAGGCAAAUACGGUUAAAUAUGCUCCAAAUUGAGCAAAGGCAUUGGCAUGUCAUUUCUUGGGAUGAUGAGGUAAUCGUAGAUGCUACUGAUGCUUUGGAUAGGCCUAGAGAUGAAGAGCGAAUGGUGGGAGUCAAUGGACGGGAAGAAGGGGUGAAUGUCAAUGCUCGAGUUAAGCAUGCUAAACCACCUAUAAUGCGAAAGAAGUCAGAACGAAUCAUUAAACUGAAGCUUGCAAAAAAUGUGGGAGGUGAAGGUAGCAGUUUUGCAACGACCAUGGACUUGGAUUAA